GCGGGGGAAAGCAUAAAAAAACUUACUUACGUGGACAGACUGACAGGGAAAUCUUUGUUUGUUUGGGCACCGUGAGAAUUUCACACACAAGCCACUUGCACUUCUCGUGCUGAAGAAAAAUCUAAAGUUUCUUGGCUUUCGCUAUACAGAUUGGAUGUCACAGUUCUGUUGAUCUCAUGACAAAUAUUGCAGUAGGUAAAACUGAAGAAGGCUGGUCUUUUCCUAUUCAGGGGCUAUACAGCACAACAGCAAGCACUAAUCUAUCCUGGUGACAGUGACUGUAGCAAUUAUGCUGAAAUCGGCUUGGAGAUGACCUAUUCUAAUUCAAGAGUCUGAAGAUUGGAUUCCAAGCAGAAGCUUAGGGCCACCCCAGACGGAGAGUGCAGAGGGAAGAUUACCAGCAGCAUGAGAGGAGAAUGUGUCUUCAGUUUUGUUAUUUUGAGGAAAUAAAACUCUGCGGUUGCUGAGCUGGCAAAUUUCAUUUUCAUUUGGCGUGUUUUCAGCACUGGAAAGAACUCAUCUUGUGACCGGUAUGGCAACUGACCUUCAUUGGGUGCAAUGACAGAAACGUGCCAAGACAUCCUGCUGACGAUCUUGGAGGACCUGGUAGAGGGACAGAGAAAGAAGUUUAAAUUGAAACUCAGUGACACUGAACUGAGGAAGGGCUAUGCAAACAUUCCCAAGGGACAUCUGGAGAAAGCUGAUGUAACGGACAUGGUUGAUCUGCUGAUUAGAUACUACCAACAGGAGUAUGCUGUGGAGGUGGUGAUAAACGUGCUGGAUCAAAUCAAUGAUAAGGAUCUGGCUGAAAGGUUGAGAAGAAAGUCAGCUGAAGUAUGGAAAACCAGACCUGUUUCUGUAAAGCCCCCUGACAUCGACCACAGAGCGAACUAUGUGGCCUCUGUGAAGGAAAAAUUUAGAAGAGUGAAGGAUUAUAAUUCCAGGCCAGGAGAAUGGGUGUCUUUGGAAGACCGCUACACAAAGCUCUUUAUAGUAAAAAAACACCAUCAAGCAAAAGAUAAAGAACAUGAGCUACUGUCUAGAGGAAAAAGACACAUGGAUAUCAUGAGGAAGCUGAGCAGCUUUGCGGACUCCCAUGUUAAUGUGGAACAUCUUUUUGACACGUUAUCAGAUGGCACAAUAACCAGAAAAGUGAUCUUACAAGGAAUAGCAGGGAUUGGAAAGACCGCUACAGUUGGCAAAAUUAUGUACGAUUGGUCAUCUGGGAGGCUUUACCAGGGCAGAUUUGAUUAUGUUUUUCAUUGGAGCUGCAGGGAGCUAAACCAAAGAACAGAAAAACUGAGCCUAGCUCAAUUAAUUUUACAAAACUGGGGACACCCAACGCCAGAGAUAGGGGAAAUUUUGUCUUGCCCAGAAAAAGUCUUGUUCAUCAUCGACGGCUUUGAUGAACUCAGGUUUCCUGAGGAUUAUGAUAAAAAUAAAAGCUUAUCCUGUGAUUUGGACACGCCUCACUCAACAGCAGCAGCUGUGGUGGAAAGUCUCCUCAGCAGCCAGAGCCUUUCAGAAGCAUGCCUUCUUGUCACGACGAGACCCUUAGCCGUAGGAAUGCUGGAGACCCAUAUGAAAGCCGACCUCUGGGCAGAGAUUGUAGGCUUCUUGGAGGAAGACAGAAAGGAGUUUUUCAAGAAGUUCUUCAAAGAUGAAGCGAGAGCAGCCUUUGCCUACAGUUAUAUCCAAGAAAAUGAUGUAGUGUUCACCAUGUGUUUCGUCCCCCUCAUCUGCUGGAUCGUCUGUACAACCCUGAGCCUUCAAUUAAGGUAUAGCGAAGAGCUCAGUCAGAAGGUGAGCACAACCACCGAAAUAUUUACCUAUUUUGUGGCCACUUUAUUGCAGUCCCAUGGUCGCGCACAGACAUCCACACAAGAUCUUUUUCACAACCUUGGAUCAUUGGCCUAUGGUGGUGUGAGGGACCAGAAAGUGCUAUUUGAUGAGAGUAUGCUGAGAAAGUGUAACUUGGAGGUGUCAAAGGGUCCAUCAACUUUCCUCACGGAAUUGCUGCAGGCAGACAUUUUUGUGGAAACUAUCUAUAGCUUUGUGCAUUUGACUGUGCAGGAGCUGUUUGCCGCCUUGUUCACCUUCUGGAACAAGGAGAAAGCUUCUGAGCUCUUGAAAGAAGCCUUUGUGGAGAAUAAAAGCCAUUUGAUCUUAACUGUUCGCUUUCUGUUUGGAUUGAACAACAACAAGUCACUAAAGCCUUUGAAAAAGUACUAUGAAACCGGCAUGGGCAUCUCAAAGGAUGAGCUGCUGAAAUGGACUAAGAAGGCGCUUCUUAUUUGCCAGGAACAGGGCGAGGAGAGCCAUCUCCUCCUGGAGCUGUUGCAUUGUUUGUUUGAGAUUCAGGAUGAGGAGUUCGUCAUAAGUGCUUUGGAGGAGAUAAAGGAAGUGGUCUUCCUGGAGAACAGUCUAGGGCAGGAUGACCAACAGGUGAUCCUGUACAGUCUGCAGCAUGCCAAGGAAUUCAGUCAGCUGAAAUUGGCCAGUCUGAAAGAGAGAGACAUGAACAAACUGGUUCCGUUGCUAGGGAAAUGCAAACAGAUCCAUUUUAAUGCCUCUGGAAUCUCAUUGUCUACGGUACUCAAGGUGUGUGCUCACCUUUUACGAAAACUUAGAAUGACCAGACUGUAUGUGGAGCAUGAAGCAGAAGAUGAAAUGUAUUUUACAGUGGAAGCGAGCUGUGAAAGGGACCGUUGCAGAAUAACUUUAGAUAACCUUUCUGAAGACACUGCCAUUGCGAUUUGUGACCACGUUAUUCCAGCUCAUCCUGGCAUUGUCACCCUUGAUGUGAACGGGAUUCAGGGAAGCAAGAAAUUUGUAAAUAGCCUGAAGAACAGUCUUCUGGACUCGGACUGCAGACUGGAAUCAGUGGGCUUCAACAUUGAGAACCCCAGACUCCAGGCUUUCCAGGACAUCUGCCAACAUCUUGCUACUCGCCGUAGCCCGAGCAAAUUCCUUUUAUUCCGAAGGUAUGAGGAGGAUGAAAUACACUUUGGAUAUGAGGCAAAGGAUGAGGAGAAGAGUGGCAACAGACUCCAAAAGAAAAAGAAGAAUGAAAAGAGAAAAGGAAAGAAUGAGGCACAGAAAAAGUGUUUUCCCUGGACAUGUUUAAUAAGGAAAACAGGAGAGAAAAAGGAAAAGAAAAAGGAUUGCAUUGCUGUCCUCUCCUGUCUCCCUGAAGAGUAUUUUCUUGAGCUCACCAAAUGGGUCACCUCCACGUUCACGCCGCUAGCCCUGUGCCUGGAUGAAAAUUCCAUCAAUGAUGAGCUGAUGAAAACAAUAUGCGAAAAUCUGAACAGUACUGAUUAUCAGCUUCAGUCACUGAGCCUUCGCUCUUGCAGCAUAACCCAGGAGAGCAUGGCUAAUAUCUGCUCGCUAUUCCUCUGCAACACGGCAGUCUCCUUGGACCUGCAGAGCAACCCCGUGGGGGAUGAAGGAGUUAAAAUACUUGCAGCGUGCCUGAAGAGUAAAGGUUGCUGCCUAGAAAAACUGAGCUUAUCAAAUGCUGACCUCACAGAAGACUGUGUCCCUGCCAUCACCUCUCUGUUUUCCCAGAAGAACACCCUGAUUUGGCUUGACCUGAGCUUUAAUAACCUUGGAGAUGGUGGAGUGAAAGCCUUGUGCUCUGCCCUGAAAGAUAAGGAGAGCCAUCUUGAGAAGCUAAUCCUUGAAGACAAUGGCAUCACUAACAACUGUGAGCAGGAGCUCAUCCAACUGAUUGAAAACACCCUGUCUCUGAAAUACCUGUGCUUGGAUGAUAAUAAGUUUACAUCCACCUCCAGCGCCCGCAUCUAUGGCGUAUGGGACAAUUAUCAUGAUGAUGAGGAGGAGGUGGAGGAAGACUGACAGAGAGUCUCAGGCGCUGCACUCAAUUCUCCCUUCUCGGCUGUGAAGGUAGGUGCAGAUCUCGGGGAACUUCAGUAUGUUACACAAACAUGGUGCUAAGGAAAGGUAGCAGAAUGAAACCACUGGGAUUUUUACAGUAAAUUCUUUACACACUGAACAAAGUGCAACGCAGGAUGCAGCAGUGCAACCAUUUCCUAUACUGCUGUGCCCAUGAGCCUCAACCCUGGCAUGGAUGGAGCAUCUCUAAGGAUGAGAUGGUUACAGACUCCAUGCUUGCCCAGCCCUUGGAUUUUCUGAUGUGACUGGCAUAAAGGGUGCCAAGCAGAGGUGAUGGCAGAGAGAACAAAGGUGGCAAGAGGAAACCCACCUAUAGAGACCCAGAAAUUGAAAUCUGAAUUUCAGAAAUGACCUUAUCAAGUGACCUGAUAUUUCUAGAAGGCAACUUUGCAAACUACAGUCACCUUGGAGCUGCAACCUGGUGGUUGUUCAUUAUGCUAAAAGAAACUAGGGCAAAUAACUCUUGCUUGUGAGUAAAUGUUUGCUGGUUCUUGUGUAUUACUGAACAAUACAGUGUAGUACAAAUAGUUCCAAAAUUAAAGGAUAAUGCAAGACAUCACCUGUUUCAUGUCCAAUUUCCAGAUUGUGAGCUGGCUGGGGCAGGGACUGUCUUUAUGUCAUUUGUUUAUACCGUGACUAUUCCUCACAGGGGAGCUUAAGUGCUACUGCAUUAGAAAUAAUAAUAUAGCCAUGCAAUAAUCAGUUAUUCAGUGUUUAAGGGGGGAGGGAUAGCUCAGUGGUUUGAGCAUUGGCCUGCUAAACCCAGGGUUGUGAGUUCAAUCCUUCAGGGGGCCACUU